UGGGCUGCUGUAAAUAAACAAAGGAGAGAAACUCAAAUCAGGAGCGCUGUAGAGGAGAGAGCAACAAACGCACACACCUGGAGCCUGUGAAGCGUGUGCCUGUUUCUGAGCAUCAGGAAGACAGCAGGAAAAUGUGAAUCGCUCGAGGGAACGCCUGCUCGACUGACAGCGUCGCAUUCAUCAGCCUGUCGCUUGUGGAGGAAUGCUCUGUAAACCUAUAGGCAUGACCCGAGGCUGUGUGGAAGAGAGACAGUUACCUGCUGUUUCUCUCACUAGACUGAUGUGAUGGCUGUGUACUUACAGAUAGGGAUGUCACGAGAAGAGUGAUUUAGAGACUCUCUUCUGGGCUGCACCAUCAUCACGACCCCUCUGGAUGUUCUCUUGAUGUAUUGCUGUGGUCUGGGACACUGGCGGAGAGAACUGUCCACCUAUGGUUCGGCGGACCGUCAGGACUCAGGGGCCACUGAGGAAAAGGAGAAGAAUGCUCAAGUUCAGCUGGAGAAGGCCAAGUUUAAGCCUGUCGCCUUCGCCGUACGAACAAAUUUCACCUACACUCCCGCAGACGACGAUAACGUCCCCAUACCCGGUCACGGAGUGUCCUUUGAGGCUAAAGACUUCCUACAUAUCAAAGAGAAAUUUAAUAAUGACUGGUGGAUCGGAAGACCUGUGAAGGAAGGAGGAGAGGUUGGUUUUAUCCCUAGCCCUGUGAACCUCGAGACCAUUCUGAUCAGAAGAGAGGUGCAGGCCAGAAAAGCAGCCAAAGCUUUAGCCAAUAAAGCGGCUAUUGCCACCAAAGAUGAUCUGAAUGCAAAGAAAGCAGCUCCACCACCAACAGUUCAGCAAGUGAAAAAAAAAUCGGGAGAGCAGUUGGCUGCAUAUGAUGUUGUGCCUUCCAUGCGUCCUGUGGUGCUCAUGGGGCCUUCACUUAAGGGCUAUGAGGUUACAGACAUGAUGCAAAAAGCUCUCUUUGACUUUUUAAAGCACAGAUUUGAAGGAAGAAUAACCAUCACUCGGGUGACAGCAGACAUUGCACUUGCCAAGCGAUCCAUCCUGAACAACCCCAGCAAACACGCCAUAAUGGAUCGUUCCAACACCCGCUCCAAUUUAGCCCAGAUCCAAGGGGAGGUUGAGAGGAUUUUCGAGCUGGCCCGCAGUCUGCAGCUUGUGGUUCUGGAUGCAGACACCAUAAACCAUCCUCUGCAACUAAGCAAGACCUCCUUGGCACCUAUUCUGGUCUAUGUCAAGAUUUCAUCACCUAAGGUUCUCACAAGACUGAUAAAAACCAGGGGCAAGUCUCAGACCAAACAUCUGAACGUUCAGAUGGUGGCUGCAGAUAAACUGGCCCAGUGUCCUAAUGAGCAGUUCGAUGUCAUCUUGGAUGAGAACCAGCUCUCGGAGGCCUGCGAGCACAUCGCAGAUUACCUGGAGGCCUACUGGAGAGCCACCCACCCUCCUGAAAUGGAGCCAGCCUACCCCAUGCUGGAGAAGCUGGCAGAAAACACGCUCCCCACCAGUCCCACACCUGCUAAGGAUGAACAGAAAGGCAAGAAGACGGCUGCCACCAAGAGAAAAGGAUCUCAAGAGCCCCAGCAGGAGCAUCUGGCCCAUCCCCAGGAGACAAAAGAGGAGGAAGAGGAAGACGAGGAAGUGCAAGAAGAGGCAGAGGAAGAGGAGAGACUCCUUCGUAGUGAGCCAAAGAGACACAGCCAUCAUCAUCACAACCACCAUCAUCAUCACCAUCGCUCCAGUACAAACCGGACCGAACACCAUAACAAACACCAGCACCACACGCGUCACCAACAGCCCGCCGAUACCGAGCUGCUUCCAACAAAAGACACUGCGUACGCGGACCCCCGAAGCAGACGAGUGCUGCUGGACGAGUCCGACCGGGACCAACCCGAGGUCUACCACAACAGGACUGCAUCUCACAGGGACCACAACCACCACCAUCACCAUCAUCAUCACCACCGCCGGGGCCAAAUGGACAUCCCAGCGGAUUAUUCCUUCCACGGUCAGCAGGAUUACGAGCUGGAGCACAACGAACGUAACAGGCAGCAGAGACACCAGGGCCAGUCACGCAUGCGGCAAGAGCAUCACUAUGGUCAGCCGCAUCAAAAACACUAUCCGUACCAGCGGGACAGGGACAGAUGUACAGAGACUGAAGAGUGGACAGAAAAUAUGUACAUUCGCCAUUGAGCGAGGAUUUGAGUUAUUUUUAUGCUUCUAUGUGAAAUGCUGGCAACUGUGUACUCAGGACAACACGCUCUCUUUUUAUCGGUUCGUACCACUGCAUGAUCGCCUGCUCUGGUCGACAUCUUGCGUUCCUUUAUUUCUAUUUUUAUUACCAUACUUUCCACAAUAGUGUUUCAUCAAUAUACCACAUGGCCAAAAAUACGAAGACAUACAUUUUAUGUAAUGGGCUGUUUCUGUUACAUCUGUAGAUGUCCACAUAGUUUUGGCUUUGGGUUGUAGGUUAAAUAACUCUUAAAUGAUGACAGUUAAAGGGAAACUUCACCUAAAAAGGAAAAUUCUGUCACCUUCUUUGAGUCUUCAAAAUUUCUUUGUUCUGAUGAACACAGAGAAAGAUAUUUGGAAGAAUGCUUAUAACAGAUCUUGCCCCAUAUUGACUCCCAAAGUAGGAACAAUCACUUUAUAAUUUUUUGGUUCUUUUUUAGACAUUUUAAAGAAUGGCACCUUUGAAGACCAUUGUAUUUUUUCCUACUAUGGCAGUCAAUGGGGGGCAAAAUCUGUCUGGUUAUAAGCAUUGUUCCAAAUGUCUUUCUCGGUGUUCAUUAGAAAACGAAAUGUAUAUAGAUGGAACAACUCAAAGGUGUGUAAAUGAUGACAGAAUUUUCAUUUUUGGGUGAAGUGUCACUUCAAUCCCCCAAUCCUGAGUGAUUACAUUCUUGCUUGCUAUUAUACUUACAAUGAUUUUGUGAAACGCACAUAUGCAAACUUAUCUUGUCAACUUUGUGGAUCUGUCAUUUGUAAUGUUUUUUUGUGAUAUCCAUACCGUAUUUGUAGCACCCUAACAUAAUAAUACUUCAAACUGUGGCCCUCGAUCCAGUGCAGAAUUUCUACAACAAUUGUCGGCACCUGUGUUACUAAGUGAUCAGUAGGUAAGUGAUCUAUAGAUACGGUUUCAGUGGCAACAACAUAAACAAACGUUCUGUGGCCCAAACUUAACUUCAGGUAGAUCUCCAUAAAGUAUCAAAAAACAAUCAAUAACUCUUGAGUAGUUUUCAUUUAAUUUACUAUAAUAAAUAUACAAUAAAAUAUUGAAUUAAUAUUAAUACAAAAAUAAACAUUAAAUAAAUGUACAUAAUUUUAAUAAUUGUUAUAACAAAACACAGACCAGAAGUGAACUUCAGGCCAGGUUCGUGCAUCCAAUGAAACAGUCUAUACGGGCUAGUCUAAUAACCACAAAAUUUGAGUUAUGUGAUAUAUCCUAUGUUGGAAUUGCACAUUCAUUGCUGCUGUUGGCUUCUAGGAAUGAGACUUGGCAAGUCUUAGAUGGUUCUGUGUGUACUACUACAACAGGGAUCAUUCUGAUGUAGCUUUGUAGACAAUAAAAGCCUAUUAAAUUUACAACAUACACAGUAGAUUUGACUGUUACAGCUGUAUAGGGCAUCGAAGUACCUUUAACCUAGUUCAAAUUCAACCCCAAGCCAUACUGUAUCACCUUUCUUUGCUCAUGCAAAAUUAUUGCAAACUAUCUCAGUUUAUUAACACAGUUAAAUUAAUUUCCCUUUUUCGAUUCAAGAUAUCAAACUAUGCUUAUAUUUUACCGAACUGUAUGAAUUUUGGUUUGAGAAGUGAGGCCUUCUCAUAUCUUUCUGUGACCCUGUUAUUUUUUAACCCCUCCCUCUAUAAUCAAAAUAUAAUCAAAUGUUUAUUUUUCCCUUAGCCAUAGUUUAGGCCUGCGUGAAAUUCAAGUAAAGUGAUUUCAAGGGAAAAGCCAUUUUAUUCCAACACCAUGGUAAAUCAAGGGAAAAAGGGAAAUUUUAGGCACUGAGAUCUGUUCAGGUUAUUGAUACAUUGCUCUGAAAGCAUGGCAUUUAUUUGCAUUUCUGAUUAGGUUUCCAGAGUACUCUAUGCAUUAGUUUGUGAGAACAAUAUAGCUUGACAAUUGUUUCUAUGCAUUUGUAUAUACCUCAUAAAUGCCUUUGUAGAUAAGAACUGAUGCAACUGAGAACAGUUCCUGCUGCACUGUAAUAUAGAUGUAUUUCUACUGUAUAUAUACAAUCAGUCUGGCUGUAAAUCGUCUUAAUUUUCUGAACCAAUACUGCACAUGUCACAUUUACCAUUUCUGUUGUGUUUUUCACACAUUGAGUUCUAUGUUUUCACCUUCAGUCAAGUUAUAAUAAUCUGAAACAUUUAUUGUACUUUCCUCUGAAUAUACAUUCAGUACACGACAUCACAUAAAUGCGUCAUUUUGACAAAAACAG